ACAUCUUCCUAGCAACACAGACAAUUGGCCACAGCAAGAUGGGUGCUAGAAAGAAAAAGUUACAUGCUGAAGAGAUCUGCUGAACUUGUUGGUCAACAUUCUAGACCAGCACCCAACCCACCCUCCACAAACAGCUAUAUAAGUAAGAUGAUUCCUAUCCGUGAUCAUUAGUUAUCUGUCAACAGCUUUCAAUCACGGUCGUGUCCCAUUUCUGGAAAACUAUAAAGUCUUCCUCUUUGGUAAAUUGUUUCUCCUGGUACAAGCAGAAACCAUCAUGUUGGAGUGGCAAAUAGUCAAACAACAAGGUCUGGUGGUCACCAGUAAAGCCCGCCUGCUCAUGCUUCUCUUGGCAUUGAUGGGAAUACAGGAGAUCCAGGCAAACAGAGCCUGUGGUCAGCCCCCUGUCAGCCUGAACCGGAUUGUGAAGGGAAAGGAUGCUGUGCCAGGCGAGUUUCCCUGGCAGAUCAGUUUGCAGCUCAACCAAAGACAUGUCUGUGGAGGCUCUCUCAUUUCAGAAGACUGGGUGAUAACUGCAGCCCACUGUUUUUAUCAAUUCAGGGAUCUCUCCCAGUACCAAGUCCUGCUGGGAGUCACUCAGUUGUCCAAUCCUGGCCCAGAGGCAUGUUGCCUUGGAGUGCAGCAGGUCAUCGUCCACCCCAUGUAUGCUGGCCAUACCACCAGUGGCGACAUUGCUCUUGUGCAGCUUUCCAGGAAGGUUCAGUAUUCCUACUUGAUCCUCCCCAUCUGUCUACCUGAUGCCUCAUUGAAAUUCCCUCCAGGCAAAGUGUGUUGGGUCACUGGCUGGGGCAACUUGCGUCAUUCAGUCAACCUUCCCUCCCCACAAACCCUCCAGAAGGUGAAGGUGCCCAUCAUAGACUCAAAGAGGUGUUCUGCGCUCUAUCGCAAAAAUAUGGGUGAUGGCCUGAACCCAAGGAUAAUCCAGGAUGAUAUGAUCUGUGCUGGCUACCCAGAGGGCAGGAGAGAUGCCUGCAAGGGUGAUUCUGGAGGUCCCAUGGUAUGUCUGAUUGGCCAGUCAUGGGUCUUGGCUGGCAUCGUCAGCUGGGGUGAAGGAUGCGCUAUCAAGAACCGUCCUGGAGUAUACAGCCGGCUUACAUACUAUGAGAACUGGAUCCACAGCUAUAUCCCGGAACUUCAAUUUGUCAAAGAACCAAGUGACCCCACACCACGUGACUGGCAAAAAGAAAACAGAGCCCAAAAGCAUCCUGGAGUCCACUUGCCGGGCUAUGCCUCUCCGCUCACUGUCAGUCUUUUGAUAUUCUCAAUUUGUCUAUUGAUUCUCAUGUAACCAAGGCACAAUGGGGAAACUUUUUUGUAACAACCAUAAUGUGGAAGAGAAAGGCAUCCCAAGCCUUCUUUGACACCAACUGUAUGACACACCCUGGCUUUCAUCAUCUCCUCUUCUGGGGCAAAAGGAUCUUUAUAUUUAUUGUUGGAAAAUAUAAACCGAGUAGUUUUUUCCUGUUGUAAGAGAGACAUUUCAAGAACUGGCAUGGAAGACAAGCCAACUCAUUGCAACAUAAAUUCUGCAAAUGUAGAAAAUGAUUUGAAAUGGGAGAGAAAUGAGGGGAUGGAAUGCCGACCAUUUUUUUUAUCAGUUCUGAAUGUACACUGAUACUGUGUAGUAUAUGUUACACAAGUUUAAGGUUUUCAAACAUGACUUCACUGAAUAUAUCUGAAAGUACAUCUAUAUUUUUAGAAUCAUAGAGUUGGAAGAUAUCUUGUGGGCUAUCCAGCCCAACCUCCUGCCGAGAAGCAGGAAAAUCAGAUUCGAAUCACCCCCGCGCCCCGACAGAUGGCCAUCCAGCCUCUAUUUAAAAUGUUUGAUUAAUUUUAAGUGAGAGAUUUCAAAAAUGAGCAAAAUAUUUUUGUAUGUAUAUAUCUGAAGGAAUGGGGGAAAGCCCCAAAAGCCAUAGUAUCAGCAACUUGCAGAGAAUUUAGAAAAGUCACAAAUGUCCAGGUAUCCUCUUAAAUGUGGGUUCAUAAAAGGCAUGGUUUUUCUUAAACUGGAGCUCUUAAAAGCUUGCAUUUACAGUUUCUUUUAAUUAAAACAUUUUCUUUUCUCUUUCCUUAAUAUGUUAUUUAGGAAACAAAUAGGCAGCUGCGAAAGAGCAUCUACAUGGUUGUGGUUCUUGUCACUGUGCUGAUUUCCUCAUAUCCUUUAAUCAUCCUGCUUUGUCAGGGACAAAUCCAUUUAAUUCACUGUUAUCUUACUUUAGACAUGUCCCAGCUUCUUCCUCUUCCUCCCACUCUCCCCUUUAUCCUCAGCUUACUUCAGUGGCUAUACACUGAGCUCAAAGUGUAAAAAGUAGCUUGCAUUCAGCUAAGAAACUUAUCACAUUGAGAUCUAUUCCGUUCCUGAGACUCUGAACGUGAUUCCGAACGGGUUCUAUAACAUGACAUUUGUUCUAUUCCAUCAGUAAUCUGUUUGAAUCUAUCUGCAAAACACUGCAGAAAAGGAGUAAUUGCACAUGGGAUUCUAAUUGUGUAUUUUGACUUAAUACAGUUCUGAGGCACUGUUGUUAUGUGUCGUCAUAAAAUCAGUGUGCAUUUCAUCAGCUAAAAUCUCAUGAGAAUAGCAGUUUGAGACUUCCAGGAUGUGCAAUAUUAGAAAACUUUUACAAAGCAUGUAGGGAGGCAUUCAAAUGGAAUGGGAUUAGCCAGCCUUCAGUGGUGUGAUGAGUCAAAGUGCAGCAUUUUCAAAAUGAAAGAAUCAGAUGUGUUCUUCUUCAU